AUGGGUGAAAAUGAAGCUUUCUCUGCAUAUCUAGUUAGGCUAUUUGAUUUGCUUAGUCAAAUGAGGAGUUAUGGUGAAGAAAUUAGCAAUCAGAGAAUUGUUCAAAAGUUGCUGAUAAGCUUACCUAGAUCAUAUGAUAGUAUUGCUUCUGUGAUUGAAAAUACUAAGGAUCUAGACACUGUUGAUGUCCAAGAUGUUGUUCCUAUUCUAAAGGGGAAUGAACAAAGAAUUGAUAGGCAUGAUGAGAUUCACACUGAGAAGGCAUUUGUUAGUCUAAAUAUUGCUCCAAAACAAAAUAAGUACAAUGGAAAUCAAGGGUUCAAACCACAGAAGAAUUGGAAGUCAAAGUGGAAGAAAUGGGAUAAUAGACCUGCAAAUCAAGCUAGAAAAGCUGCAUGUGCCUCUGAAGGAGCCAAGAAUCCUUGUAUACACUGUGAUAAGCUGCAUUUUGGUGAAUUGAAGAAAUGUGAAGACACAUGGUAUGUAGAUAGUGGAUGUAGUAACCAUAUGACUAGAAGGGAGGAUUUGUUGGUUGACAUUGAUAGAACAAUGACUACUAAGGUUGAAAUAGGCACUGGUCAGCUUAUUGAAGUCAUUGGCAAGGGAAAUUUGGUAGUUGAGACCAAAAUGGGGAGAAGAUAUAUCAAGGAAGUGAUGUUAGUUCCAGGUUUAAAAGAAAACUUGCUCAAUGUAAGGCAGAUGAUGGAACACGGUUACUUUCUUGUAUUUGGUGGUACAACGGCAGAAAUAUAUGAUGAUAGUUCUUUGUCAAAUUUGGUAGCUAAAAUACCAAUGAAAGGAAACAUGAGUCUUCCCUUGAAACUUCAACUUGAGAUGCAAAUUGCUCUAAAGGCUAAUGUCUACUUCUUAAGAAACAAGUCAGAGGUGUUUGGUAUAUUCAAGAAAUUUAAGUCCACGGUUGAAUUACAAAGUGGUUACCGAUUGAAGAAAUUGAGGAGUGACAGAGGAGGAGAGUAUACAUCUGUUGAGUUUAGAGAAUUCUGUGAAGAAAUGGGCAUGGAAAGGCAACUAACAGUGGCAUACACACCUCAGGAAAAUGGUGUAGCUGAGAGGAAGAAUAGAACCGUAGUGGAAAUGGAAAAGUGUAUGAUGAUUGAGAAAGGUGUUCCAUUUGAUUUCUGGGUAGAAGCUGUUAAUACAAUAAUGUACAUCUUGAAUAGAUGUUCCACUAAGUCCCUUGAUAAGAAGACCCCCUUUGAGGCAUAUAGUGGGAGGAAGCCAAGAAUCAAACACUUAAAGAUCUUCGGUUUUAUAUGUUGUGCUCACAUUCCAAAUCAACUUAGACAAAAGCUAGAUGAAACCAGUACUAAAUGCAUUUUCUUGGGAUAUGGCACAUGUGAAAAAGGUUAUAGACUUUAUGACCUUGUCUCAAAGAAGAUAAUUGUGUCAAGGGAUGUAAUAGUUGAUGAAAAUGCUUGCUGGGAUUGGAAAUCUCAAUCUGAGAAGACCAUCAAUGUACCAAUGCCUGAAGGGAGAAUGUGUGAGCAAAGGGAAGAAGGGAGUUCAAGUGACAAAGGUGUUGUAAAUGAUGAGUCCUUGAUAUCAUCAUCUGAAACCUAUGAAUUAAUUGAAAAUAGCUCAAGGCUGAUACCAAUGUAG